AUGAUGACUACUCUAGAAGCUGUCAAGAAUAAGCAAAAUUAUACUAAUGUGCAUGAGGCAGUGAAAGCUGGUGAUGUGGAACAGCUUGCAACAAUGAUAAAAAAUGGAGCUGGUAUUAAUGAGAUGGAUUUAGCCCACAAAUUCACACCAUUGCACUGUGCUGCACACUCUGGAAGUCUAGAGUGCCUCCACUGGUUGCUCUGGCAUGGAGCUGAUACAACACUGAGAACGGUCCGGGGCUGGACUGCAGCUCACCUUGCGGCUCUCCGAGGUCAGGAUGCUUGCAUGCAGGCUUUGUUAAGAAAUGGAGCAAACCCAGAAGCUGAAGAUGAUCGUGGGUGCACGCCAUCACACCUGGCUGCAGCACAUGGGCAGUCUUACACCUUGCAAACCCUGCUGCGAAGUGGAGUGAAUGUAAAUGUUUCAGACAGGAAUGACUGGAACCCUGUUCAUUAUGCUGCUUUUCAUGGUCGCUUGGGGUGUUUGCAGCUCCUUGUUAGAUGGGGAGCGUGUAUAGAUGAUGUGGAUAACAAUGGAAACCUUCCAGCUCAUCUGGCAGCUGUGGAAGGACACUUGCAUUGCUUUAAGUUCUUGGUCAGUAAAAUGGCCAGUGUCAUGCACACACUGGAAGCCAGGAACGACCACGGAGAGACUCCAAGGGACUUGGCUGAACGAUUCUAUAAAGAUAAUAUUUUGCAAUAUAUUGAUGGUCUGGAAAAAGAGGAGCAGCAUCCAGAGGCCCAGGAAGUUUUAGCUUUCCCAGCCCACGAUGCUGCUUUCAAAGGGGACUUAUUAGUGCUUAGAAGAUUAGUGAGAAGUGGAGUAAUCAAUAUUAAUGAGCGGGAUGAUAAGGGAUCCACUCUCAUGCACAAAGCCGCUGGACGGGGUCAUAUCCAUUGCCUACAGUGGUUGAUUGAAAUGGGAGCCAACUGUGACAUUACAAAUGAUGCUGGAGAGACUCCAAAGGAUGUAGCAAAGAGAUUUGCCCAGCUGGCAGCUGUGGAGCUUUUGACACAAAGAACUGGAGACAGUAACUCUAGUGAUGAAGAACUAGAUGCAAACAACAUCAAGUUUUUUGAAAGACAUGGUGUGGAAGGGAGUACAGAUAGCAAAGAAGAUUUAACCCUGGCUAAAGCCGAGAAGAGGAACGCACGCAUACGGGCCUAUCACAAGAUUCAAGAACUUCAGCAACUUCUUGAAAUUGCCUACAGCAACUACAGACAGCUGGGAGGAAUAACUGAAGAGGAAAAGAAGAUGAAAAAAGAAGAGAGGGAAGCUGAGAAGACUGUGAAGCAGCUGGAGGCCCAGCUGGCAUAUGAGCGAGUCAGGCGGGAGAAGCUGGAGAGCCAGCUGGAUGGCUGCCGUGCCGAGAUAAACCGUCUCAGAGAGAGCCUGGAGAAAACCCAUGUCCGCUCUGCUCUGCCCCUGGAAGCUGAGACCAUCACCAAGUCUUGCAAAGAGAAAAAGAAAGUGAAGAAGAAACCAGCCUGCAGCCCUGGAGGGGUGUGUGUGAGACUGCGCUGA